AUGGCUUCCACAGAGGGUAGAAUUGUGCAAGUUGGGAUUAUAGGGUGCGGUGAAAUCACCCAGGUUGCUCAUAUCCCAACAUUGGGAUUUUUGUCUCAUCGAUUCCAAGUGACAUAUCUCUGCGAUGUGUCCCAAGGUGCUUUAAACCACUGCCAGGCGAAAGUCAUAGGCCCUCGACCUAAAAUCACCGUCGACGUCGAAGAACUCUGUGCCUCUGAUGACGUUGAUGUUGUGAUAAUUGCCAACAGCGAUGCCUUCCAUGUGCCUCAUACCAUGAUUGGUCUGAAGUACAAUAAAUUUGUCUUUGUGGAAAAGCCCAUGGCCUUGUCUUUGAAGGAUGCAGAUCUAAUCAUUGAAGCAGAGAAGAAGUCUGCGGGUAAAGUCAUGAUCGGAUACAUGAGGCGGUAUGCCACUGCAUUUUUGGAUGCUGUAAAGGAGAUUGGAAGCCUUGAGAAGAUCAAUUAUGCUCGUGUCAGAGAUAUCGUGGGCCCGAAUUCUACAUUUGUAGGACAAUCGGGCACCUUCCCUCGGUCUUUCCAGGACCACAGGCAAUCGGAUAUUGAGAAUCUUUCCUACAAGACUAACGAUUUUAUCCAGCAAGCCCUUUGUGAGGAGCUUAAGAUCCCAAACACCCCUGAUCUAGCUCUAAUGUGGAGACAUUUGGGCAGCCUGGGUUCCCACGACUUGAGUGCAAUGCGUGAGGCUCUGGGAAUGCCGACAAGUGUGCUAGGUGCAUCUCUGUGCAAGUCUACUGGGUCCCCGUUCUGGAGUGCUUUAUUCCAGUAUCCGUCGUUUACUGUCGCAUAUGAAUCUGGUAUCGAUCUCGUACCCCGUUUCGAUGCUUCAAUCGAAGUAUUUGGCGACACUAAGACGAUCAAGAUCGUCUAUGACUCGCCCUACGUGAAGGGCUUGCCAGUCACUAUGCAGAUUAAAGAAGCAUUACCUGAUGGAUCCUACCGAGAGUCUACUGUGCGACGGACAUAUGAGGAUCCUUAUACCAUCGAAAUGAAUGAGAUAUACGCAUGCUUUAUGGACGGCAAGGAAAUCAAAACCACAGCCGCAGAUGCGAAACGAGAUGUGGAGUUGUUUGGAAUGAUCAUGCAUGCCGGAGUAGGAGUGAACAAGGCCUGA